UGUGGUGCAUUUCGAGUGUUGUUUUCAUCCGCAAAGGACGUGCUUUUCCGGAGAUUCAGCUGGAAAUACAUUUUUCCACUGCAGGAACGUUCACGUUGGUGGUCAGUGGUUUUUCUUAAACCACACAGGAGUCAUAGUGGAGCUUUAAUUGAAGUGCUUUUGCCUGGGGGGAUUUUUUUCGUUUGGAACGAGAAGUCGAGUGAAAAGUGUGAAAAUCGUUCACCUCCGACUCUCGGAAGGAAGUGAAUCGUUGAGUGGUGGGGCGAACGACGCAUAGCUAGGAGAAUAAAUAAAACGUUUUAACACAACCACAGGAGUUUUAUGUUAAGGGUGGAAAAGUGAUUUUUCCCAACAGUGCUCUCGUCUUAAGUGUUGCAAUUUAAUUGAUUUUUUUUAUAUUAAGUGGAUUAGUGGAAAAAGUGAUACACAUUUACAGUCACCUGAUAUUUUUUCUUGAAUGUGACUAAAUGGAAAGUGGGAACCAGGAAGCAUAGACCGAUUAUUAGCAAAGAAGGAAGCCGCACAUUGCCGAACAGGACGAGCAAGUGAAAAGCCGCAAGCACGCAAUUAGUGGCCGUAUUUUCUCAACACUAACUGGAUACCAUCGACCGUACGGCAACCGGUCAUACAAAGAUGGCUCGAACGAUAAGGACGCCAGUUGUACUCAUUCUGACAGUCAUCCUAUCCAUAUCAUUUAAAAGCAAUAAUGCAGCACCUGCGUCUUUACAGACUGAUUCCGUAACAUCAUCGCAAAUUCAGGGAAAAAGCAUAACACCAGAUAGCAUUGACGAAGAAGUACUCGAGCUAGAGCAUCUGAAACAUCCUCCCCCGAGUGGAGGAGCCAAUACGAAAGAAGAAAUUUUACCGCAGCUGGAAAAGCAGUUGGAGGAAGAAGCUCAAGCGUCGGCAUCGAUAACAUCCUCAGAUGAGGACGCAGGGGAUGACAACGACGACGAUGAUAAUGAUGAUGAAAAUGAUACCGGAGGUGACACCAACACCGAUGAUACUGAUGACGAUGAUGAGGGAAACAGUGACUACGCUGAAAAGCUGGCAAAGGCAUCGGAAAGCAUGCUACUGAAAACAUUGGCCGAAUUUCAUCAUCAACAACAGCACCAAAACCAUCAUCAGGAUGUUGGCGAUACCAACAAGCUUGACUCAGCAGAUGAGAAUAUGAAACUAAUGAAGUUAUUACCCGGAGCCGCACGGCUUACCUUUGGUCAACAUUAUGGUUCAGAGAUCACGACAACCCCCACUGUUCCUAAAGCUACACCACCCUCACAACCUGAAGAAAUCCCCAAUCAUGAGCAGGAUGGCGCUUCCCAUACCAAUAACGGCCAGCGACGAGGAGAUCAUGCUGAGGUAUUGUUACGACACAGUGGUGGCCAGUAUUCAGCGUUCGACAUGGCCCAAUAUGUUUUCUGGACAGGAGAUGAAGCCGGUGUAGCUCGGGCAGUCGAAGAAUUAAUCCAAAAGGGACUGAUGACCCGAGAGAAUGCCAUAAAAUUUUUGCGUGACAUUCGUCUGGGAAUUGAUUAUCUUCAGAAUACAUAUUCAAGCCGCCCUCUAAAAUCAGCAGAUCCACAUUCGAAUACUGAACGUGGAAUUGACGUCAGUACUACGGGAACGACCGUCACUGAAGUGCCAACCACAGUUGCUAUGCAUACAGAAUCAGUGGUGGCCAACAGUGGGGUUGGUCAACCAGCAACACUGGCUCCUGAAAUCUUGAAGGUCAUCGAACGGUUGCCAAGUCUACUAAAGCUGAAUGAUAUCAGUGAACAGACUGACUCCACACAGGAUUACGAUGACGUGGUAGGACGAUUAAGGUUGGCUGAUUUUCUGUACGCUGAAUACUCGCUGGAAGAAGUUAUCUAUCAACUGGCGAAGGUUAUGUUCACACAAUCAUUGACGCGUGGCUCGGAACCGGCACAACAUGCGUUGCAGAAGCUUACAGAAUUCCUGGAAUCAGAAGGCAGUCAUGGACGAAUUUCACCCAUUCUACAAAAGAAGAUCCUCGAUGUGCUUCUUGCAGCUCUAGCUGACACGCUAGCCGAGAACCCUGAACUGAUGAAAGCUGCACGAUCAGCUUUGGGAAAACAUAUGGAUAAGGGGCGCCAUCUCUCGGAUCUUCAAUUAGCGGAGAUCUUCGAGAAGGAAAACGACAUGCUCAAUUAUCUGAACGUUUUCGAUAAGCAGCAUCCAUCAUCGGAUUGA